AUGGGUCGCCCUCGAGGUCGUGGGCGUGGAGGUUCUCGUCGGGGCGGUGCUUCUUCUUCUUCUUCUUCUUCUUCUUCGCAUUAUCAUAUGCCAAGUGCUUAUGAAGCGAGCUUUGAAAAUACUGACGAUUUCUCCACUGCAACUGAUGCCGCCAUGAGCAAUGGCAGCAGCGCAGUAUUAUCCACCACACCCGCAAACUCCAACAACAACAACAGUACAGAUCUUGCUCUUCCCUCACAAUUUCCUUUGUCUUCUCCCACAAGCACCUCCACAAGCUCCCGCACGCCUGGAAAACCAUCCUCUUCUCAAACAGGUCGGGUUAAACCUUCUACACCGAAGCUGCCGUCGUCAGACAAUCAACCUGCGGCUCGUCAUGUGCGGUCGGAAAAGGCGCCACAAAAAUCUUCAUCAAACCUCACACGCUCUCUCACAUUAUCCACUCCCUCAACCCAGAUCCCUCAACCAACCACUCCUGCAAACAAUAGAGGCGUAAGCAGUACGCGUUCAACACGCCGAAGCACUUUUGAUGCAGGCAGUGACAUUGCUGCCAUGGGCAACGCACAUGACGAAUCCGUAUCAAAGGGCGGUCAUUCCCUACGCAGGCGCGCUCGUGUUGAUUACAGCCAAAUUGACACCGAGACGCUCGACAUGCUCAAGUCAGACCCUGAACCUAACAUCGCCUUCUCAUCUCGUGGCAGAAAGCGCAAGAUCAUCGCCCAUGAUCGUAGUAUUUAUGACGACCUGGACGAUGUUGCACCAUCUGUCACCAAAAAGGCACGUGUAGGAAGGUUCAAGGCCACAUCACCCCCUCCGUCUCUAGCUACUAGGCGACGAAGGUCAACUGCAAGGUCAUUCAGCACCCCACAGCCAGAUUUGUCGUCCUCUCCACGCUCUGGACAGGUCUCAGAUAACGACGUAAUGGAUGAAAUCCAAGUUGCCCUGGAAUCCGCCCAGUCCUCGUCGGACGGCCGGAGCAGCGAUCCAGAUAUCACGGCCGAAGAUCCGGCUCCUCAACCCAAUGAGGAGGACCCACAAGACUCAGAUUCUGAUUUUGACGACUUGGAGAGUUUUAAAUCUGGUUCUUCUGACCUUGGAGAUCUAUCCAUGUCGGCGCCCAAACCUGGCGUUCAAGACCCACUAUCAGAGCACAGAGAAGCACUCGACCAAUCAGAUGAUGAUAUGUCUCCCACACAUUUGCCCGAGGAUGGUGCUUCCUCUGCUCAGCGAGACGGUAUCAUCACCCGGAAAAGAAAUCCAAAGAGGCUCAUCGUCACGGUCUAUGCCGAAGAUCUCGUCCUGGAAAGCUGCCACCCUGGAUCUCAGUUCGCGCGCAAGCACAAAGAAGCCCGUGCAAAGGACAUGGAGCAGCGCAGUCCGAAGUCUUUGAACACUGAGUCCAAGAAAGAUACACUUGACACAACCAAUUCAGACGCUGAACUGGCAUUGCCGAACAAUAAUGAUCUGCGAGAAACUGCCCUCGGUGCCGAGUCUUCUGAUAAAGUUGACGAGGAUUCGGGACAACAAACAAUCAACGAUCCGCCACAAGAAGAGGCUGUCAAAACUGAAGAGGCAGUCGAAGACAACACAAAUUCGCCGAUGCAGGUUGACGAGCAUCGUAUCUCUCAGCCUUCCGAACAGAAUCAACCCUCACGCCACACGUCUCCAGGUGACAAUGUGGCGCAAGAACCAGCAGAGAACUUGGCCAAAGACGACUCAUUAGUCCCUACAAAUGCAGAGGAACAUCUGUCGUCUUCCCAUCAAAAUCAAGAAAAGACUGAUGCCAAAACAUUGCCUACUGGUCAUACUGCUAUCGAAGGUCGGGACGUGGAAAAGUCUCAAGCCGAAGAAUCUACUUCGGGAACACCAGAAAAUAAUUCAAAAGACUCCAAGGAUUCGGCCGCACAAAAUGCGGAAGCGCUGUCGCCACAGAUUGCUUCCAGCAACAUCGGCAAAUUGGCUGAUUACAUCCUCAGUCGUCACCACCAACAAGUAGCAGACAAUGCUGCGAAUGAGGUCGUUAACAGUAUUGUUGAUGAGGUUGUCGAAAGUCUUGCUAAUGAACCUACUCUACCGAUCCCCAAAGUUUCUCGCUCUGAGACCGGUGGAAACCAAGAUGGCGACCAACUAUCACAUGCGCGUGUAGGCAUAAAAAACACAGAUGAUAAAGUCGCUGAACCUGGAGAGCCCCUUGCUAGCGAUGUGGGAGAAAUUUCAAACGAAACCAAGACAAAAGAUGCAUCUAUGGAAAAGGCGCAGCAGCCCGAGGGCGUUGCGAGCAGGUCUCGCGAAGCGAGCUCGAUUGCUCCUGAAGAGCUCAAAGGAGAUGCACAAGAUCUCGGCAGCACGAAAAGGACUCCGCUACUGCUGCUCACCCAACCUGACAAAUCCGGGGCACCCCAAGCAAACUCAGACCAUGUGAUGAAUAAUGACAGCUCAAGAAGUACGCCCGCGCGCUCAUCACCACCUGUUUCGUUCACAGACCAGCAAAAUAUUGCUGCAAUGUCAGAUGGCGAGGAAGCCACGGCGCGCCUCACUCCCAUCACACCCACGGAGUCUGCGAUGCCAUCAAUCCCAUCCCCAUCUGACAAGGUCACGGAGAAAAAGGAGGACGCAGUCCCGGAACCAGCUUUGCCUGAAACCCAGCCAGGCUCACCUGAAGAAAUGACGACGGACGCUCAUGAAGCUUCUACAACACAGGAAGUUGAGCAGGAGGCAGUUGAGUCGCAGGUUGAUGCAGAGAAAUCUGCAGAGGAUUCACAGUCUGUAGAUGCCGAUGUUGAUGUGCAGCAGCCACCAGAGAUCGAAGGUGAUGAGCCUGAGAUAAGUCAACUAACUGCUGUUGACCCGCAUGAGGAUGACGACGAUCUUGAUCAAGACGCCGAAAUGAUGGACCACGAGGAAGAUGCUCAAGACAUUCAAGGUGCCGACGAGCUCGAUGUCGAAGCUGACGAGGCUGACGAGUCUCAUGAUUUGGAGCCAGUCGAUCUUAAGCCGUGGUCACAUCUUACCCCUUAUGUUGCCGAUGUUAGUCUGUAUCCGGAGCUCGAAGAGCCUGACACGGCUACCCCAUCUCCGGAACACCAACAGGAUCCAACCGAUGAAGCCCACACCGAGCUUGAAUCAUCGAAGGAUACUUUUACUGCCAGCCAAGACUCUAACGCGACCGGGAAGGAACACGCGGAAAAGCGUAGCCAGAGGCCCCGGCAAUUUUCGUACAAAAAGUUGCGAUCAGCUGACGACUUCAUCGAUGUCAUUGGGGACUACAAGUCUAUGAGCACAGAGGAUCUCUACGAAUGCCUGGCAAAGAUCAACCAAACAUUAUGCGCUUGGCAGGACGAGUAUGUGGGGCACCGGAAGACAUUGGACGCAGAGUUCAAUGCACCCAGGCGUAGAGCCGACGAGCCAAAGGAAGAUGACCGUGUCUCUAGGGCACUCGACCGGUACAAGACACUUGGUGUUUACGACCCCGAUACCCUUGAUAGCAGUAGACAGGCGCCAAAGGGCUUCCAGCUCCGGCGGACGCUCGAACCACGCAAGUGGUAUACUGAGAUCGACAAGGACGGAGACCAAGAUAAAGCAGAUGCUCGAGCGAAUGACAAGGUGAUGGCUCAGACAUACGGAUUUGAGUAUGACAGCCGCGAGUUAAUGAUCGGAAAGCAAGAGCCGCUGAACCAACGUGAUGGGCCUAGCAAGCCCCGAACUCGAGCUCGGCCAAAGACUCAGAAAGCAGCUGAGGCGGAAGAGGAAGGCGUCCUAGGCAAACGCGCCCGCAAGAAGCGCAUAUUUGAUGAUGAUAGCCGAGCUCCCAGUCGAGCAGCUACUCCGGUACCUGUGCCUACCAUCGUCAACAAGCCGGGACGGCGUGGCCGCAAGGCUGCCGCUGACCCUGAGCCCAAAGAGGUUGAACCCGAGGAGCCCGCUCCACCUCCACCUCCACCUCCUGCCCCGGCUCCGGCUCCGGCUCCAGCUGUAACUACCAGGCUCGGCCGCAGUCGACGUGGAGCUAAGGCGCAGCAGCAAAGCGAGCCUGAGGCAUCUCAGGAAAGCGUUCCUGCCGAAGAACCUCCGGUGCCUCCGCCCGUAACUCGAAAGAGGCGUCGCGGCGCGAACGGUGUCAAUGGUGACGGCGAUGCUCAGGCAAGCUCCCAGGAGGUAGUCGAGGAACAGACAGCUCCAGCUGUCAAAGAAUCUACACCGGCAGUAACGGACACCGAGGCUCUAGAACCGGGUGCCAAACGGGCACGCAAGAAGCUGCCUCGUCUUGACCUUGUCCGUCCAGCCAGUCGUCCUUCAAGAGGAGAGAUAUCAUCAGGCAACUUUUACAGCAAUGGCCCGUCGGUGGCACCAACGGAAGAUAACACGGAAGCGUCACGACCAUCUACGUCGUCGUCCAAUGCUACGGUCAUGUCCACUGCCUCUAACUACUCCUUCCGUCCCAAGCGCGGCAGGAACUUCCGAGAAGAACUUAACGGCGGCGAGCCCAGCACAGGCGAGCCAAAGAAGAAACGUACGCGCCGCAAGGGACCUGCCCCGUCUUCUGCCCCCUUGCCGGCCGUUCCCCUCGCGCCGGCGCAUACGCACCCAGGCGAGGGUAUUAUGCACAAGAUAAUGCAUCAGCAACCAUACUUUCCGCCACCGGCACAUUAUCCCCAUGCCUCGCAGCAUGGUUCUUUUGGCGUAAUGAACUUUGGUCCUGGUGCCCCGCCACCGAUGCCCUCGCACCCAACGAUCCCCAUGCCGCACGGAUCUGCGAUUUUCACGGGCGUUGGACACCCUCAUCAGUCGAUACAAUCUCCAGGACCCAUCACAAACGCCAGUAUCAACGGCAGAGGCGGGCGCGAGCUGAAAAUUAAGAAUGUAACGCCCUCGAUGGUCGGUGGAAGUGGUGGGCCCGGACCCGGUAGGGUUAUGGGCAUCGUGGGAAAUCGCGAUAUCCUCAUGUCUGCAGGACUGGCCACCGCACCGACGUCCGUUUCGGGCGGAUCAGUGGAUGCCUCACGGGCCAACUCGCCGUUUGCAGUAAACGGGGACGAGCCAGAGAAGGACUAUGCGUCAAUGACCAAGUCCGAGAAGAUGAGCCAUUCUAUGCGCUCACGCUGGCGAAAUGGAUCGAUGCAAGGCGCGGUGGCGAAGCGUAAGGAGACAUUGCGACUGAAGAAAGCCAAGGCCCAAGAGGCUGAGGAAACCCCAGGUGCAAACAAGGACUCUGCGAUGCCGGCUCAGGGCGAUGCUGGAAAACCUGCCAAGGAAGUUCCUGGCUCUGGUUGAAGGCCCAGAUAUGGAAGUGAGAAUAGGAUAAGAAUAUGAGGACUACGAGAAAGAGCAAAGUGGAAGGCGGAAAAGUCUAGGCGAUGCCGCAAUUUUUUAUGUAUUGAAAAGGAAGAGUGUCACUUGUUUUAUUACUUGAAGGUUUAGCGAUGCACUUGUUGAGGAGCAUGGAUUUUUUUUUUUUUUUUUUCACUACCUCGAACCAACUACGGAGUAAAAAGUAGUUGUGUGGCUCAUAGGAACAUACGCGAGGCUGGAGUCAUU